CUUCUACUCAGGGUCUUGCAUACUACUUGCACUAAACCUCCACUCUCCUCUUGGCUCUUGCUUGUCUCCUUCGUUCCACAAACAAGAGACGCCCUAGCUGCAAUCAACACUCAACAGCCCAGCCCAUGACCUGAUUUCUUUCUUUGAUUUCAUUUUCUCAGAGCUAUAACUAUAAUAUCUAUGGAAUCUAUCGUUUGUUAACAUUCUACCAUACUUCAAGUGAACAAUAGCAACUGUUUGUUAUGCCCAAUAUGGAAUCUGAAGAUUCAAAAGUUUCACGAGCUGAAGAAAUCAAAGUCCUAGCCAAUGAAGCUUUUAAAGCACACAAGUAUAGUCAGGCUAUUGAUCUAUACUCACAGGCGAUUGAGUUGAACAGUGAGAAUGCUGUUUACUGGGCAAAUCGUGCAUUUGCACAUACUAAAUUGGAGGAGUAUGGCAGUGCAAUACAGGAUUCUUCAAAGGCUAUUGAAAUUGAUCCUAAAUAUUCAAAGGGUUAUUACAGGCGGGGUGCUGCAUAUCUUGCUAUGGGAAAAUUCAAAGAAGCACUUAAGGACUUCCAACAGGUCAAGAAACUCUGUCCAAAUGAUCCUGAUGCUGCCAAGAAACUAAAAGAAUGUGAGAAGGCUGUAAUGAAGCUUAAGUUUGAAGAGGCAAUUGCAGUACCAGAGUCUGAAAGGCGAUCAGUAGCUGAUUCUAUUGAUUUUCGCAAUAUAGGGACUGGCCCCAGUUCAUCAUCUGUGCCCACCCAAGUGGCCAUAGCACCAGUAGCAGCAGCAAUUGUGGCAGCAGCUGUAUUCUUGGUAGGAAGGGAAACAGCCGCAAUGGUGGUGGCAGUACUGAUGGUGAUACUGGUGGUCUUAGGGGCAUGUUGGUGGGGUGACUGGAUGGGUAGUGGUGUCUUUACCAAGAGACAAAUACUUGACCUAGAUGUGGAGCCACACUACUUGGGUGCAAGGAUAGAGGGAGACACUGUUACUUUAGAUUUUGUCAAGAAAAUGAUGGAAGACUUCAAGAAUCAGAAGUGCUUGCAUAAAAGAUAUGCGUUCCAGAUAGUGUUACAGACAAGAGAAAUGUUACGAGCUAUGCCCUCUUUAGUGGAUAUAAAUGUCCCUGAUGGGAAGCAUUUCACUGUUUGUGGUGACGUUCAUGGUCAGUUCUAUGAUCUGUUAAACAUUUUCGAGCUGAAUGGUCUUCCUUCCGAAGAAAACCCAUAUCUGUUCAAUGGUGAUUUUGUGGAUAGAGGAUCAUUUUCUGUGGAGGUCAUCCUCACAUUGUUUGCAUUUAAGUGCAUGUGUCCAUCAGCCAUAUAUCUUUCUAGAGGAAACCAUGAAAGCAAGAGUAUGAACAAGAUAUAUGGUUUUGAGGGCGAGGUGCGAUCCAAAUUGAAUGAGACAUUUGUGGAACUCUUUGCAGAAGUCUUUUGCUGUUUACCUUUGGCUCAUGUGAUAAAUGAGAAGGUAUUUGUAGUUCAUGGUGGUCUUUUUAGUGUUGAUGGCGUGAAACUAUCCGACAUUAGGGCAAUUGAUCGGUUUUGUGAGCCACCUGAGGAAGGUUUGAUGUGUGAAUUGCUGUGGAGUGACCCACAGCCUUUGCCUGGAAGAGGUCCUAGCAAGCGAGGUGUAGGCCUUUCUUUUGGUGGAGAUGUGACAAAAAGAUUUUUGCAAGAAAAUAAUCUAGAUUUAGUUGUGCGGUCUCACGAAGUAAAAGAAGAAGGUUAUGAGAUUGAGCAUGAUGGUAAACUUAUUACUGUUUUCUCUGCUCCAAAUUAUUGUGAUCAGAUGGGUAACAAGGGUGCUUUUAUCCGAUUUGAAGCCCCUGAGUUGAAGCCAAAUAUAGUAACUUUCUCAGCAGUGCCUCAUCCCGACGUUAAGCCAAUGGCAUAUGCGAACAAUUUCCUCCGAAUGUUCUCGUAGUUAGUACACCUGACUGGAAUGGCCAAAUCUUGUAUUAUUCUUUGCCAUAAGAUAUACUCUACUGCCAAAUUGCAAGUUGUUUCAGAAGGCAGCUGGAGAUACACAGUACGCAUCGACAAAUUCAGCAUUGUAAGUUUGUGAUAUUCUUUGAGCAACUCCUAUUUCCCAGACAUCAAUGUUAAAUUUUCGUUCCGAGCUCAGUCUAGUAGGUCCAAAAACAAACUGGCAUGAAUAUUUGUGCCUUGUAAAAUUUGACAUUCCUCUGUUAUUUAGUUCAUUGUCUUUAUGUUUAUUUACUCUUUAAAAUUAUGUUUGUUGAUUAGACCUUGUAUGGCUUAUGUCAACAAUGUAGUUUUUGAUUGGUUGGCAAUGAUGGAUUUUGCUAAUGAUAA